AACAGGACACUGUUCUUCACAAAAUUCACAUAUUCUCCUGCAACACUAAGCGACACAAAAUCGGUGAAGAUAAAAACAAAUCUCACGCCAUUUGUCUCCUAUCUCUCUUUUAUUCACACUGCAUCUUUGAACCAAAGAACAAACCGCCUGACUGACUAGCUUUUAAUUCAUUGAAAUCCCAACUGUUCCUCACUUUCUCUCUCUACAAAAUCUCCCAAAAUUCUUAUUUAAUGUUGUUAUCUGAGUUCAAUUGAGGGGAUUGCUUCGAGAUUUUGAGGUGGGUUUUUGAUGAAUUUCAGAACCCAGUAAAGAAUUUUUGUUCUUUUGGUUGUUGUAGGUUUUAACUCAACCCCCAACUGUUCGUCCUUACUUUCUCCAUCUAGAAACCCCUAAACCCACUUCAAGGCCCUUAUAUUCUUCCAAUUCAGAGUGGUUUCAUGAGAUUCGAAUUGGGAUUUUGAUGAAUUUCAGAAACCCAGUAAGGAAUUGCUCUUCGCUUGAUUGUUUCAGCUUCUAAUUCCUCCCGCAAAGUCAUUUACACGACAACGCGUGAUUGAAUUGAGGGAAUUUUCAUGGGAUUUGAAAGGGGUAUUUGAUGAUUUUGGAAUCCUAACAAGCAAUUACUGUUCUUUCGAUUUCUUGGGUAGUUCUUCUCCACGAAAACUCUCCCUGGUACUACUCUUUCUCUCUUCUUUUUCUUCUGAGUUAUUUCUCUGUUCUAAUUACCAAAACCCCAUCCAUUAUCUGUAACUUAAACCAAUUUAGCUUCGCUUGUUCAUAGAAUUGAAUUCUAGUUUCAAACAGAACCCAACAUCCGAUUUCUGAGAAACAAAAAACCAGAUUCAUAUAGAAAUCCAAUGUUUCAAGAUGAUGGGUCAUCAUCUGUGACUUCAACACCCGUCCAAACCUUCCCAUCAAUGUCAAUCUCACCUCUCACAGGAUCGCCAUAUCCAUGGCUCAAAGAACUCAAAUCAGAAGAACGAGGUUUAUGCCUAAUCCAUCUACUCCUCACUUGUGCAAAACACGUAGCUUCAGGAAACUUCGAACAUGCCAACAUCGCUCUCGACCAAAUCUCCCAUCUCUCCUCCCCAGAAGGCGACACAAUGCAAAGAAUCGCCUCAUAUUUCGCAGAAGCACUCGCGAAUCGAAUCCUCAAAACAUGGCCAGGAAUCUACAAAGCUCUUCAUUCCACCAAAAUCCCAUUCGCAUCCGAGAACAUUUUGGUUCGAAAAAUGUUCUUCGAAUACUUCCCUUAUCUAAAAGUAGCAUUCGUUAUCACUAACCAAGUGAUAAUCGAAGCUAUGGAAGGCGAAAAGAUCGUUCACGUGAUCGAUCUUAACGCCUCCGAGCCCACUCAGUGGCGUGCGCUCUUACGUGACCUGAGCGCACGCCCUGAGGGCCCACCACAUCUACGCAUCACCGGGGUCCACCAACAAAAAGAAGUUCUAGACCAAAUGGCGCGUAUUUUAAUCGAAGAAGCCGAAAAACUCGACAUCCCAUUUCAAUUCAACCCCAUUUUGAGCAAAAUCGAGAAUCUUGAUUUCGAGAAACUAAAUGUGAAAACGGGCGAAGCUUUAGCGAUUAGCUCGGUUCUUCAACUCCAUUCUUUAUUAGCACCCGAGGAAGUAACACCAACAACCAAGGACACAAACGGAAUUUCACAAAAGGAUUUGGGAAACGGGUAUAGCCCGAGUCAAGACACGGCUUCAUCUUCACCAUUUUUGAGCUCAAAAAUCGACUCGUUUUUAAACAAUUUACGUGGGUUAUCACCGAAAGUCAUGAUUGUAGCCGAACAAGAUUCUAAUCACAACAAAUCAUCUCUAAUGGAACGCCUUUCAGAAUCUUUAUACUUUUAUGCGGCUUUGUUUGAUUGUUUGGAGUCUACAUUACCAAGAACAUCAAUGGAGAGAUUGAAAGUUGAAAAGAUGUUGUUUGGAGAAGAGAUCAAGAACAUUAUAGCUUGUGAAGGUGGUGAGAGAAAAGAGAGACAUGAAAAGCUUGAUAAAUGGGUUCAAAGGCUUGAUUUGAGUGGAUUUGGGUGUGUGCCUUUGAGUUAUUACGCUUUGUUGCAAGCUAGAAGAUUGGUUCAAGGGUAUAGUUGUGAUGGGUGUCGGAUUAAAGAAGAGAAUGGGUGUGUGGUUAUGUGUUGGCAAGAUAGGCCACUUUUUUCGGUUUCUGCGUGGAAGUGUAGAAGGUGAAAUAUGUUGGGAUUUAGAUUUGUUUUUGUUAUUGUGAUGUUUUUUUUUUUUUUGGUUGUGUUUCCCUUUUUGUUUUUGGUGUAUGGGGGAUGAUUUAGAUAUGGAUAGUUGUUGGUUUUAAAUAGUGAAUCUAAUGUUGUUAGUGAUUUACAUAACAUAAUGAAUGCUUUCAGAAGCUUUGCUUCA